AUGUCUCAAGAAAAUGAGAUAAGUUUCUUUAAAUCUAAAACUAUAAUAUUGAUCUUUAGAGUGGUGAUGGAAUUAUGGGACUUGCUUCCAUGA